AUGGCUACAGACCCUGACCAUGGACCGGCAUCGUGUAAGGUGGUUUUAGCUGCCUCCGUCGCCCGCGGGCUUCUCGCAGAAGUCAUUGAGGGGCGAAAGGCGCUCGAUAAGCCACCCCACCUCGUUGGAUUUUUGGCCAAUUCUGAUCCUGCGGCGCGCAUGUAUGCGAACUGGACGGAGAAAACUUGCAAGGAAAAUGGAUUCCGCUAUACCUGUCGAGAAGUAACUCGCGAUGAUAUCGAAGACGCUAUCAUCGCCGCCAAUACCGAUGACGAUGUCGACGGAAUAAUGGUAUACUACCCCAUCUUCAACAACCGACAAGACCAAUACCUCCAGCAAAUCGUCGACAUAAGUAAAGAUGUCGAAGGCCUUAGCCAUAGAUACAUCUUCAACAUGUAUCAGAACAUACGCUUCUUAGAUCCUUCGCCGGCCGCUCAGCAGCAAAAGUCAAUAUUACCAUGCACGCCUCUAGCGGUUGUAAAGAUUCUAGAAUACCUGCGAAUAUAUAACACCAUUCUACCAUACGGGAACAGGCUAUUUGGACAUACGAUAUGUGUUAUUAAUAGGUCUGAGGUUGUGGGGAGACCGCUUGCUGCCCUGUUGGCGAACGACGGUGCGCUCGUGUAUAGUGUUGAUAUCACUGGUGUGCAGAAGUUUACUCGUGGCGAAGGAUUGAAGAAACGACGACACGAAGUAGUGGAUAUGGAAGGUUGGUCAUUGAAAGAUGCCGUUCCACAUUGUGAUGUUGUUAUAUCUGGUGUGCCUGGUGAAUCGUUCAAGUUCGACGAAAGCCUUCUGCGCCCUGGUGCCAACUUUACGCCAGCAAUAAAGGAGAAGGCGUCGAUAUAUGUUCCAGCAAUUGGCAAAGUCACGAUUGUUGUACUUCUUCGAAACUUAUUGAGACUUGCGCAGAACCGUAGACCCGAAGGUGGCCAUCCAGCGGACGCUGUCGAGAAGCCAGGGACCCUCGAAGGUACAACAAGUAAUUGA